AUGAAUGUCCUUGUCUAUUCUGGCCCAGGAACUACUCCAGAUUCUGUUAAGCACUGCUUAGAAUCAUUAAGAAGAUUCUUAUCCCCAUAUUAUGCUGUUGUCGGUGUGGACUCAAAGAUCUUGAAGAAGGAGCCUUGGCCAUCUAAAACUUCAUUGUUAGUGUUCCCAGGUGGUGCAGAUGUCCCAACUUGCAGAGAACUGAACGGCGAGGCAAACUUGAUCAUAAAAGACUAUGUUCGCAAAGGUGGUAAAUUUUUAGGGUUCUGUGCUGGCGGUUACUAUGGCUCUGGUCGUUGUGAAUUUGCUGUGGGUGAUCCUCAACUCGAGGUUAGUGGUCCAAGAGAACUCAAGUUUUUCCCUGGUACUGCUAGAGGUCCAGCUUUUGCAGGAUUUAAAUAUGGUGAUGAAUCAGGAGCGCGUGUUGCACGAUUAUCAGUUAAUAAAGAUGCUCUAAAUGUUGAUAUAGAUACAUGUUACAAUUACUAUAACGGUGGUGGUGUGUUUGUUGAUGCUGAUAAAUUUGACAAUGUUGACGUUUUGGCCACUUACACUGAGCCUAUAUCUGUUGAAGCAGGUUCAACUGCUGCUGCUGCUAUCCAUGUUAAAGUCGGUAAAGGCUCUGCUAUUUUGACUGGUACACAUCCAGAAUGGGUUCCUGAAAUCUUGAAGCAAGACAAAGAUGAUGAACAUUAUACACAGAUUAUCAAUAAGUUGAUAGAAACUAAUGAAUCACGUCAAUUAUUUUUGAGAUCAUGUUUACAGAAAUUUGGCUUGACUGUUAAUGAAAAUGAGAUUGUUAGACCAAGAUUGACACCUAUUACAUUUUCCUCUCCAAUAGCGGGACAAGUUUCAUCCAUAGUGAAAGAGAUUGUCGAUAAUGUGGGUCUUCAGGGUGAAUCCAAUGAUUUAAUAAAGGGUAAUACAGAUAUCAUCAGACUACACCAAGGUGAAGAACCAAACUCUGCUCACCAAUUAAAUAAGCAAGAAGAAUUUGAAGAUCCAGAUACCGCUGUCAAAGAAUUGUACGUCUUUAGUGAUAGCUUGCCAGAUCGCAGAUUGACACCUUAUUUUGAUAUCAAACAAUACUUCAGAUACUUACAAGAGUAUUACGGCUCACUAACUCCUGGCUCUGCUGGUGCAACAUUAUUGUAUGGUGAAGUUGUCACUUCAACAUCAUCCAUGCUUGACAAAAACUUCAAUAUUUUGAAAAAUAUACCAUCCGGUACUGUAUUUGCUGCAACAGUCCAAGUUUCUGGUCGUGGUAGAGGUGGUAACUUAUGGAUCAAUCCUCCAGGUGUGGUUGCAAGCUCUCUUGUUUUAGACCUACCAAUAUCUUAUAAACAUGCCCCUGUUGUAUUUGUUCAAUAUUUAACAAGUUUAGCUGUUGUGGAGGCUGUUAAGACUAUGGGUGAGGGGUAUGAAGAAUUACCAAUUAGAAUCAAAUGGCCAAAUGAUAUUUAUGCUAUCAAACCUGAGUACUUCGGUAAAAAGAUUGAUGUAAACGAUAUUGAGCCUUCCUAUGUGAAAAUUUCUGGUAUAUUGGUGAAUACAAAUGUCUUGAAAGGAAACUACAAAGUGAUCAUUGGUACUGGUAUCAACUUAUCAAAUGCAGCUCCAACCACAUCAAUCAAUUCAACCAUCUCAUUAUUAAAUGAAGUUAGAGUGAAACGUGGACAAUCACGCCUUGACCCAAUAUCUCCAGAACAAUUAGUUGCAUCAUACAUGUACCACAUGGGAACAUUAUUCAAUAAGUUCAAAAAUGAAGGGUUCAAGUCAUUGCUCCCAUUAUAUUACAAGCAUUGGUUACAUUCAAAUCAAAUUGUUCGUUUACAGGAUCAUGGGAACGCCAGAACCAGAAUCACGGGUAUCACUGAUGACUGGGGUAUGCUAAUUGCUGAAGAAGUUGAUCGUAGUGAUAGACCUACUGGUAACAAAUUUCAACUUCAACCAGAUGGUAACUCUUUUGACAUGUUCAAAGGAUUGAUAUCUAAGAAAAGCAAUGUAUAG